CUUCAUCUUCAAGUUAAACAGACAUCCAUUGUAUAAUCAACAUAUAGAAACUGCCAAAAACAACGUUGAGCUAAGUGCAUUCAAGUUAAAGCAGACUUUUUAAUUGUCCUGUAACUUUAAAUACAAGACGGACCGUACUGAGGACAACAAACCAUUCGAACAGUGAACCCCUCAUAACAACUUAAAGCUCCAAUACAAUGGCGCAACAGCAACCCUCCAUUUACACCACCGACCAUGCCAGCUCCGUCCUCCAAACUCACAAAUGGCGCACAGUCGCCAACUCUGCGGCGUAUCUCCUCCCCUACCUAAAGCCUGGUAUGACUAUCCUAGAUGUCGGCUGCGGCCCCGGCUCCAUUAGCAUCGAUAUUGCUCGCCUCGUCCCUGGCAGUCAUGUAACUGGCAUCGAUGUGGCUGAUCCCUUGAAUGAAGCCCGCGACUCUGCUGCCGCCAUCGGAGUUACCAACGUCGUGUUCAAGGUUGGGGACAUCCACGCGCUCGAUUUCCCAGACGCCUCAUUUGACGUCGUCCACGCACACCAGGUUCUCCAGCACAUCUCCGAUCCUGUACUAGCACUACGGGAGAUGCGGCGGGUGGCUAAGCCAGGUGGUAUUGUGGCAGCCCGUGAGUCGGCAUCUAUGGCGUGGUUCCCGGAGUCAGAGGGGAUAACAGCCUGGCGCGAUCUAACUGCACGAGUUUCCCGUGCUAAGGGAGGAAACCCGCAUCCAGGAAGCGGUAUUCACAGCUGGGCUCGAGAGGCAGGGUUUGAGAAGUCGCAGGUCGCGUGUAGUACUGGAUCGUGGUGCUUUAGCACCGAUGAGGAGAGGGCAUACUGGGGUGGGAGUAUGGCGGAACGGGCGCUGUCGUCUGGAUUUGCCAAGAUUGCUAUAGAGGGUGGGUAUGCUACAAUGGAGGAGCUGAAGGAUAUUUCAAAGGCGUGGCUGGAUUUUGUUGAUGACGAUUUAGCGUGGUUCGGGCUACUGCACGGGGAGAUCGUUUGCACAGUGUGAUCUUCCCAGCUGGGAUGUUAUAAUUUUGAGGGAGUAGCUGACUACGGGUUGGCAUGUAAUAUUGAAAUAAAGCACUACAAAUAUCCUUCAAUGUUAAGUAUCACCAGAGAAUUAUG